UUUUCUAACACAUCUCAGAGUACCAUUUUCCUUACCAUUACUUUUCUCUGAUCAUACGAGUCAUGGGUUUUCGCUUGCCUGGGAUUGUUAAUGCUAAGCAAACCCUGCAGCAAGCGCGCAAGGGUGCAGAGGCCAAAAAUGUACCAAAAGGCUAUUUUGCUGUUUAUGUGGGAGAAGUUCAGAAGAAGCGAUUUGUGGUUCCAAUCUCAUACUUGAAGAACCCUUUAUUCCAGAACUUGUUGAGUCAGGCUGAAGAAGAGUUCGGGUUUGAUCAUCCAAUGGGCGGUCUCACAAUCCCCUGCACAGAAGAAGCCUUUAUUAAUCUUACUUGCAGUUUGAACUGCUCAUGAGAGGAGAGGAAGAUAUGCAAAUGGCUAGUCAGUAGGACAUGUAAUUUCUAACACCACUGACUUGAAAUCCAGUCUCUCCAAUUUUGAAUUAGGAGAACUGGGUUGUUUCAUUCCCACUCGUUGUAACUUAUUCUAUACAAUUUUAGUCAAAUUUCUCCAUACAUAACAUUCAAA